AUGGUUAAAGAAACUAAAUUUUACGAUAUCCUAGGUGUCUCUGUCACUGCUACUGAUGUUGAAAUUAAGAAAGCUUAUAGAAAGACUGCUUUGAAAUAUCAUCCUGAUAAAAAUCCAAGUGAAGAAGCCUCUGAAAAAUUUAAAGAAGCUACUACUGCAUAUGAAAUUCUUUCAGAUUCUGAAAAGAGAUCUUUAUAUGAUCAAUUUGGUCAAGAAGGUUUAAGUAAUGGUGGUGCCGGUGCUGGUGGUUUCGGUGGUUUCGGUGGUGGUUUCGGUGAUGAUAUCUUUUCUCAAUUCUUUGGUGGUGCUGGUGGUGCUGGCAGACCAAGAGGUCCACAAAGAGGUAGAGAUAUUAAACAUGAAAUUUCUGUUACAUUAGAAGAAUUAUACAAAGGUAAAACAUCUAAAUUAGCUUUAAACAAACAAAUUCUUUGUAAAACUUGUGAAGGUAGAGGUGGUGAAAAGGGUGCUGUAAAGAAAUGUACCAGUUGUAAUGGUCAAGGUGUUAAAUUUGUCACUAGACAAAUGGGUCCAAUGAUUCAAAGAUUCCAAGCCGAGUGUGAUGUUUGUCAAGGUACUGGUGAUAUUAUUGAUCCAAAGGGUCGUUGUAAGACUUGUAGUGGUAAAAAAAUUGCUAAUGAAAGAAAGAUUUUACAAGUUCAAAUUGAACCAGGUAUGAGAGAUGGUCAAAAGAUUGUUUACAAAGGUGAAGCUGAUCAAGCUCCAGAUAUUAUUCCAGGUGAUGUUGUAUUUGUUAUCAAUGAAAAACAACAUAAGAAUUUCAAGAGAAGUGGUGAUGAUUUGGUUUAUGAAGCUAGUAUCGAUCUUUUGACUGCUAUUGCUGGUGGUGAAUUUGCUCUAGAACAUGUUUCUGGAGAUUGGUUAAAGGUUGCCAUUGUUCCUGGUGAAGUUAUUUCACCAAACAUGCGUAAAGUUAUUGACGGCAAAGGUAUGCCAAUUCCAAAAUAUGGUGGUUACGGUAACUUGAUUAUUAACUUUACUAUUAAAUUCCCAGAAAAUCAUUUCACUAAUGAAGAAAACUUAAAGAAACUAGAAGAAAUUUUACCAGCUAGAAACCCAUUACCAACUAUUCCAAAGGAUGCUGUUGUCGAUGAUUGUGUUCUAUCUGAAUUCGAUCCAUCUAAAUAUGCUAACAACCGUUCUGGUAGAGGUGGUCAAAGUUACGAUUCUGAUGAUGAAGAACAACAACAAGGUGAAGGUGUUCAAUGUGCUUCUCAAUAG